AUGCCUUUACAGCAAGUCAGUCGGGUGGGCGGACCCAACAAAUGCUUUGGACAAUUUCAAAAAGCCAUUGAAUGUAUGACAAACCCGAAGACCAAGAGUAAUGACGAAUGUGCCAACUUCAAGAAUGACUACGUUGAGUGCCGUAGACACCGUGUCGAGGCAUACAAAAUGACCAUUAUGAAGGAUCAUUUGGAGAAAAGCCGUCCAGACUUGAACAAAGAAGAGGUAGGCGCACCUUAUGUCAAGAAGAGAGAUUUCCUUACUCCGAAGACGUUGGGGUUGGUGGACGGAGACGACCAUGCUAUUGCUGCACGUAAGUUCUAG